AUGCGCGACUACGGCUAUACCACUGCGGGCGCCAUCUACCUUGGGUGGCCCCUUUCGCUGGCGCUGGUCCUGCGCGCCGAGGUGCAGGGCCUGGAGUGGAUUCUGAUAGCCCUGUUGGGGACCUUCGCAACCGAUACGGGGGCUUUCUUCACGGGCAGGGCAAUUGGCAGAAGGCCCCUGGCGCCCAGUAUAAGCCCAGGCAAGACGCAGGAGGGAGCGGUAGGAGGCUUCCUGGCAGGUGUCGCGGCCGUGAUGGCCCUGGCGUUCUGGCUCGAUCUGCCCGUAUCUGUGCCGGAGUCGGCUGUGCUUGGGGCGCUGGUUGCCGUGGCCGGCCAGGUCGGCGACCUUGUGGAGUCGAAGAUCAAGCGGACGGGCAAUGUGAAGAGACUGGCCAUAUUGGGAUCUACAGGCUCAAUAGGAAGGCAGACACUGGACAUAGUACGAGCCUUCCCUGAGGAGUUCUCCGUGGUAGGGCUCUCGGCAGGGCACAACCUGGACCUGCUUGCAGAGCAAGCUCGCGAGUUCCAGCCCGAGGCGGUCUCCUGCGAGGAGCCUCCCGAGUCCCUGGCGUCCAGUCUUCCCCCGGCGUGUCAGGUGGUCUCGCAUGAAGACGUCGCGAGCCAUCCCGAUGCGGACACGGUCAUGGCGGCCAGCGUCGGCAAGGCGGGCCUGGCGCCCAUAUUGGCCGCCAUUCGGGCGCAGAAGACGGUGGCGCUUGCUAACAAGGAGCCGGUGGUCAUGGCGGGGCAUAUAGUCAUGGGCGAGGCAAGACGCCACGGGGUGGAUAUCCUCCCCGUGGACAGCGAGCCCAGCGCCAUAUGGCAGUGCCUUCGCGGAGAGCAGAAGGACCUGUCCAGGGUCGUGAUAACUGCUUCCGGGGGGGCAUUCAGAAACCGGCGCCGGGAUGAGCUGGCUACGGUGACGCCGGAAGAGGCUUUGCAGCAUCCAACCUGGAGCAUGGGCAGGAAGAUAACCAUAGACUCCGCCACACUGAUGAACAAGGGCUUCGAGGUGAUUGAGGCGCGCUGGCUCUUCGACCUGCCCUGGGAGAAGAUAGACGUUGUUGUGCAUCACCAGAGCAUCAUUCACGCCAUGUGCGCCCUGUUCUACCCACAACGAGUGGAAAACGGCGCGCUGCCUCGGUUCAACCCGGUUGAGACGGGAUCGCUCACCUUUGAGGCGCUGGAUACCGACAGGUAUCCCUGCUUCCGCCUGGCGUUGGAGGCUGGCAAGAAGGGAGCGACCUACCCUGCGGUGAUAAGCGCCGCGGACGAGGUGGCCGUGGCCCUUUUCCUGGAGCGUCGCAUCGCGUUUACGAGCAUCCCGGACCUGGUGGAGGACGUCCUCUCGAAGCACACGCCCGUGUCCAACCCCGGCCUGGAGGACAUUCUCGACGCGGACGGGUGGGCCAGGGAGGCCGCCCGCGCCUGGACAGGCGGUCAUCUGGUUGCAGCCAAGGCCUUUGGGAUGAAGGCCACCAAGUAUUUCCUGGGCUUUGGGCCCACCCUUUGGUCCUUCAAGCGCGGGGAGACGGAGUACGGCGUCAAGGCCAUUCCCGCCGGCGGGUUCGUCUCCAUUGUAGGGAUGAACCCCCUUGAGUACGUGCCGCCGGAGGAGGAGCAUCGCACGUACAGGGGCAGGCCCUUCUAUCAGAAAUCGGUGGUGGUGAUGGCCGGCGUGGGUACCCACUUCAUAAUAGCCUUCAUCCUCAUAUGGACUGCCAACGUUCUGAUUGGCCGUCCCCGACCCGGACCAGCCUCAGCUUGA